AUAUAUGUGUGUGUGUGUAUAUAUACAUAUGUAUAUAUAUAUGUGUGUGUAAGACUAUAAGAUCGUGUAUAUGUGUGUGUGUAUAUGAAUGUGUGGUUCCUUUUUACCCCCCUAUCACCAUGCUCUGGUACACAUAGCUACACACUCUUGAUGUACCUCAUUCACAGUUUUAUUAAGAGUGGAACCUUUAACCCCGUUGUGGAUUCUGUGUGAGUGUUUAUAAUUAUAUAUAUAUAAAGAAAACCCCCCAUUAUAUACCUCAACGGUAGAUCUUAUUUAAAAAGAAUAACAAAAAACUCAAUGAAAGACAAUUCACAAUAACAUCAACAAUAAACAUUACAACAUAUAUUAUGAAUCAGAAGAAAUCACCCCUGGUUUAUAAUAAUAAUAAUGAUGAAUACCAUCAUCAUCGUCAUCAGCACAAUGAAAGGAUAAGCCUAUGAAGCUACAAUUACGGUUAAAUAAUAACAAGAUAUUAUUGAAGAGAGAGAGAGAGAAAGACACCUUGGUGGUUAUUUACGAAACGUGCUACGAACUUCAUUGAAUAAAGUGAAAACAGCAAAAACCACAACAAAAGCACCCAUCAUGUCCAAAAGGAAGAUUGUUAUAGAAUCGGAUAGUGAUUCGGACAGUGAUGAUAAUUUUGAUGAGCAACUGAAGCUGUUGGGGAAACGGAAGAGAACAGAUUCAGAAGCAUCAGCUCCUGCUGCCCCCCCAGCUGGGGGUGAAGACAACGAAUCCUCAGCAACGUCAGAGAGUGAUGAUGAGUGGACAAUGGAUGGCAAAAGUAGUGCUGGUAAGAAGAAAACUAAAGCUGCCAAGAAGAAUAACCGAAAGUCUGUUGCCAUAUCAUCAGAAAGUGAAGACCCAAGUGAGAAGAGUGCCUCUGAGCCAGAAGAAGGUGAGGUAUCCGAUUCCGAUCACAAUUCCAGUGAAGUGUCUGGUUCCGAAUCGGACGACAAAUUCUUUGAUGGCUACGACGAAGACUUGAUUGGAGAUGAAGAAGAUCGCAAGAGACUGGAGCAGAUGACGGAGAAAGAGCGAGAGCAGGAGUUGUAUAACCGCAGUGAACGAAGAGCAGUUCUUAAAACAAGGUUUGAAAUAGAAAAGAAAUUGCGACAAGCAAAAAAGAAAGACCAAAAGGGAAAGAAGAAAUCUUCGUCCGACUCGAGUUCGCGACAGGUUGCCACACCCAGCCAGCGCAGCAAGGAACGGCGUAAGAACAUAGAAGAUAAGAGAGAUAGCAAGAUGUCUGCCUUCAAGAAUCUGAAGGCCCGGAGAGAAGAGAAGAAGACUAAAGAAAUUGCAAUCAAAGAACAGCAGAAAAAGAAGCUGGCAGUGAACCAUAUCUACUCAGACGACGACGACGAUGAUGAUGAUGACGAUGACGACGACGAUGCUCCCGACAACGCUAGCAAAGACGAGAGCAGUCGGAAGAGUGAUCGAGAAGAGAAGAGCAAGAAGGCAGAUAGUUCAUCAUCGUCAGACUCCAGCGAUGAUCGGUCAUCAGCAUCCUCAGACUCUGACUCAGAUGGUAGCCCGAAAUCCCGCAAGAAAAGCACAGUCUUCGCCAACAGAGAGGACCUAACCAAAAUUCGACUUUCACGGAACAAAAUGGAAAGGUGGUGUCACAUGCCUUUUUUCAAAAACACUGUCAUGGGUUGCUUUGUACGAAUUGGUAUUGGCAACCAUGAAGGUCGAGCUAUAUACAGGGUAGCUGAAAUAAUUGAUGUUGUGGAAACCUUGAAAAUAUAUCAACUUGGCUCAGCCCGAACAAAUAAAGGUGUUCGACUUAGACAUGGAAGCGCUGAACGAGUGUACAGGCUAGAGUUUGUAUCGAAUCAAGACUUCACAGAAUCGGAAUUCUUCAAAUGGAAAGAAGCAAUGGCUCAUGCGGGCAUGACGUUACCGACCCGAGAUGAAGUAGAGAAGAAGAUCUCAGACAUAAACAAUGCCUUCAACUACAAAUUCAAAGAUAACGACAUUGAAGAGAUUGUAGCUGAGAAACAAAAGUUUAAGAAAAACCCCCACAACUAUGCCAUGAGGAAAACCCUUUUAAUGAAGCAGAGGGAUCAGGCAGAAGUGGAAGGUCUGAAGGACAAGGCCAAAGAUCUGAAUAAACAAAUUGAGGAAUUGGAAGAGAGGGCCACAGAGCUUGACCGACGUCGUACCAGUAACAUCAACUCCAUCAGUUACAUUAACCAACGCAACAGGGAAAGAAACAUGAUUGAAGCGGAGAAGGCAGCGAUCGUGGAAGGAGAGGCUGCCCGCAAGGCCGAGGCAGAUCCUUUCACCCGUCGAGCUUGUCGGCCCAGUUUAGUUACAAAAGUCCGGGACCCGGAGAUUUCAUCAAUAAUAAAAGCAAAAGUAGCAGAAGUCAAAGCCGCAGAAGAGAAAAAGAAACGAGAAUCAGAAGAAAACGGAGGAGAAGCUGCUGUAGAAUCAAAACAGAAUCCUGUUCCUGUGGACAAGGACAAAGAUAAACCAGAUGUAAAGAAUGCACCAGAACGACGAGAUUCAGAAGAUCUUUAUGCUGUACAUGAUUUCGAUAUCAAAAUAGACUUAGAAGUGCCCAUGUCAGGAUCGUCCAUUGUGGCUUACAAUCGAACCGCGCAGCCUGUGAAAGAAGUCACCCCACGAAGGUCCUUAAAUUUAGAAGACUACAAGAAGCGGCGAGGUUUAAUAUAACAUUGUGUGAAUGGGGGUGGUCGAGUGAGCCUGUUGCAAGCAGGCACUUUGUAUGAUAAAAACAAAACAAAAAAAAUCAAAAAGAAAAAAAAAAACAUUACUAGA